AACGGCCCCGAUGGCGCUGCCGGCCGCCGCGGCUCGCGCGGCCCUGACGGCCCUGACGGCCCUAACGGUCCUAACGGUCCUAACGGUCCUAACGGCCGAGGGCUCUAACGCCUCUGACGUCCCUGGCGGCUCUAACGGCCCUAACGGCCCCGAUGGCGCUGCCGGCUGUCGCGGCUCGCGCGGUGUCGGCGCCGACAUGGCCCAGGUGCUGCACGUGGAGGGCGGCUUCCCAGCCGCAGGGCCGGCCCCGCCGGGGGCCGGGGGGCCGCCGGAGCCGCCGUACUCGCUGGAGACGGCCUACGGCUACCGCCUGGACCUCGACUUCCUCAAGUACGUGGAGGCCAUCGAGAAGGGGCUGACGCUGCGGCGCGUGGCCGUGGGCCGGCGGCCGCGGCGCGGCUCCUGGGCGCCGGGGGCCGAGCCGCCCCGCGACCCCCGCGUGGAGCGGACCCUGCGCGACGCCCGCCGGCGCCUGCAGGACCCCGCUGCCGGCGGACCCCCGGCGCCGGCCUCGCCGGGCCCCGGCUCGGGCUCGGGCGCGGGCACGCCGGCCUCGCCGGGCGCCGGGCCGCUGCGGCUGGUGCGCGAGCAGAUGGCGCUGGCGCUGCGGCGGCUGCGGGAGCUCGAGGAGCAGGUGAAGACCAUCCCGGCGCUGCGGGGCCGCCUGGCCCGGCUGCAGGAGGAGAAGCGGCAGCUCGCGGCCCAGCUCCGCGCCCGCGCCGGCCCCCCCGACGCCCCCGACGCCCCCGACGCCGGCACCCUCGACGACUCCGACGGCAGCACCAUCGGCGACGACGACGGCGCCUUCGGCCUCGGCUCCACCAGCUCCGUCGACAGCGUCGGCGCCGGCCCCAGGCCCAGCCUCGGCUCCGGCAUCGCCGGCUCUGUUCCCGACGUCGCCAUCGGCUCCACCGGCUCCAUCGACAGCAUCGGCAUCGGCUCCAGGUCUGGCUUUGGCAUCCGCCCUGCGUCCGGCAUCGGCCUCGGAUCCAGCAGCUCCGUCGACGCCGUUGGCAUCGGCUCCAGGUCCGGCCUCGGCAUCAGCCUCGGAUCCAGCAGCUCCAUCGAUGCCUUCGGCAUCGGUUCCAGGUCUGGCCUCGGCAUCAGUAUCGGAUCCAGCAGCUCCAUCGACACCUUCGGCAUCGGCUCCAGGUCCGGCCUCGGCGUCGGCUCCACCAGCUCCAUCGACACCGUUGGCUCCAGGUCCGGCAUCGGCUCCGCCAGCUCCAUCAACGCCGUCGGCGUCGGCUCCAGGUCCGGCCUCGGCGUCGGCUCCAGCGGCUCCAUCAACAGCGUCGGCCGGGGCCCCAGGUCCGGCGUCGGUUCCACCCGCGGCUGCGGCGCGGGGCCGGUGCCGGUGCCGGUGGCGGGGGCGGUGGCGGUGGCGGGGCGGCGCUCGGUGGCGGUGGGGCCGGAGGGGCCGGGCGCGGGGUGCCGCAGCGUGGCCGUGGGGGUGGCCGAGGGGGAGCUGGGGCCGCCGGCCGUGCGGGCGCUGGCCGCCAAGGUGGCCGUGCUCGAGCGGCAGCUGCGCCGCGCCCUGGGUGCCCUGCGCGACGCCCGGGCCCGCCUGGGCCGGCAGCAGCCCCCGGGGGCCCCCCCGGACCUGGACCCGGACCCGGACCCGGCGCUGGCCCCCCGCGCCCGUGGACCCGACACCGCCACCGCCACCGGCACCGGCACCGACACCGGCACGGCCCGCGGCUGCAGGCCGGCGUGGGAGUGGAGCGGGGCCGGGAGCGGCUCGGACGGGGAGAGCGGCGGCAGCAGCGGCGGCAGCGAGUACCACGAGGCGCCCGAGGGGCCGCCGGGGCAGGAGCCGAGCCCCGACCCCCCCGCGGCCCCGCGGCGCCUCGACCCGGAGCCCCCCCAGCGCCCCGGCGACACGCCCACCGCAGCCCCCGGCGCCGCCCCGUGAUGCCCCCCCAGCCCCCCCGGCACCGUCCCAGGCCAGCGCGGGGCCCUCGUGCGCGGCACCGGGGCCAGCGGGGACCCAGGCGUCCGGGACCCCCCCCGCCCCCCCCCAGGCCCCAGGAAGCAGCAGACGGGGUGAAGGACGGGACGGGCCAGACGGGCGAGAAAUAAAUACAGUGUAUUUACCGUG